CUUCAACUGCGCCUGCCCGUGGUCCACCAGGGACUGUGCAGGGAUCUCCCUGUUUAUCUUUUGUCAGAGCCCGGUAGACGGCAGAGCUGCGGUUCAGAGGAUAGCCUAGCUGUGCUGUGUUCUACGUCGCUGCGACGCCGGCAAUGAGGGUACAUGCAAAAAUAAAAUAGGCAGAAUUCAAUCACCCGACAAGCUCUAGGGUGAGAAGAAGAGGGUAGUGCUCCAGCGACCGAGUGAACACUCUCUCGUCUGCUUGGCUUUCUACUGAGAAGGAGCGACAGAUUCCCCUGCAAUCAUGGGUAACCAGGGAAUGGAAGAUCUGAUCCCUCUUGUGAACAAAAUGCAAGAUGCAUUCACGGCCAUUGGACAAAAUUCCAAUCUGGACCUUCCCCAGAUCGCUGUGGUGGGUGGCCAGAGUGCGGGGAAAAGCUCGGUGCUGGAAAACUUCGUGGGCAAGGACUUCCUCCCUCGUGGAUCUGGCAUCGUCACUCGCCGUCCCCUGGUCCUGCAGCUCGUCAACGGCCCCACAGAGUUUGCCGAGUUUCUCCAUUGCAAAGGGAAGAAGUUCACAGAUUUCAAUGAGGUGCGGCAGGAGAUCGAGGCAGAGACGGACCGUGCCACUGGCCACAAUAAAGGCAUCUCUCCUGUGCCCAUCAACCUACGGGUCUACUCCCCAAAUGUGUUGAACCUGACUCUGGUGGACCUGCCAGGGAUGACCAAAGUCCCUGUGGGAGACCAGCCGGCGGACAUCGAGAACCAGAUCAAGGAGAUGCUGAUGCAGUUCGUCACCAAGGAGAACUGUCUGGUGCUUGCCGUCUCUCCUGCCAACGCAGAUCUGGCCAACUCUGAUGCCCUCAAGAUUGCCAAAGAAGUAGACCCACAGGGUCAGAGGACCAUCGGUGUGAUCACCAAGCUGGACCUGAUGGACGAGGGAACUGAUGCUCGAGAGAUCUUGGAGAACAAGCUGCUCCCACUGCGAAGAGGUUACAUUGGCGUGGUGAACCGCAGUCAGGCCGACAUCGAUGGGAAGAAGGACAUCCACGCUUCCAUGGCAGCCGAGAAAAAGUUCUUCCUGAUGCACGCCAGCUACAGACACAUGGCCGAACGCAUGGGGACCGUCUACCUGCAGAAAAUCCUUAACCAGCAACUGACCAAUCACAUCCGAGACACUCUGCCAGCUCUGCGCACCAAGCUGCAGGGCCAGCUGCUGUCCAUUGAAAAGGAGGUGGAGGAGUAUAAGCACUACCGCCCAGAUGACCCAUCACGCAAAACCAAAGCCCUGUUACAGAUGGUGCAGCAGUUCUCAGUGGACUUUGAGAAGCGAAUUGAGGGCUCCGGUGAUCAGAUCGACACCUAUGAGCUGUCAGGAGGUGCCAAGAUCAACCGCAUCUUCCAUGAGCGAUUCCCCUUCGAGCUUGUUAAGAUGGAGUUUGACGAGAAGGAGCUUCGUAAGGAGAUCAGCUACGCCAUCAAGAACAUCCACGGCAUCAGGACCGGUCUCUUUACCCCAGACCUGGCCUUUGAGGCCAUAGUGAAAAAGCAGAUCCAAAAGCUGCAGGUGCCCACCCUCAAGUGUAUAGAUAUGGUAGUCAGCGAGCUCACCUCCACCAUACGAAAGUGUAGCGAGAAGCUUGCCCAGUAUCCCAUGCUGAGGGAGGAGAUGGAGAAGAUUGUCACCCAGCACAUCAGAGAUCGUGAGAGCCGCACCAAAGACCAGGUGCUGCUGCUGAUUGACAUUGAGCUCUCCUACAUGAACACCAACCACGAGGACUUCAUCGGCUUUGCCAAUGCUCAGCAGAGGAGUGCUCAGAAGGUAGGAGGAGGGAAGAAAGCUACUGGAAAUCAGCAGGAUGAGAUCAUGGUGAUCAGGAAGGGCUGGCUCACCAUCAACAACAUUGGCAUCAUGAAGGGCGGAGCCAAGGAGUACUGGUUCGUGAUGACAGCCGAGUCCCUGUCCUGGUACAAGGACGAUGAGGAGAAAGAGAAGAAGUACAUGCUCCAGGUGGACAACCUGAGGCUGCGGGAUAUAGAUGCAGGCUUUAUGUCCAGGAAGCACAUCUUUGCCCUCUUCAACACUGAGCAGAGGAAUGUGUAUAAGGACUACCGGCAGCUUGAGUUGGCCUGUGAGGUCCAAGAGGAUUUGGACGGCUGGAAGGCCUCUUUCCUGCGUGCCGGCGUCUACCCAGAGCGUGCCAGUGACAAGGAAAAGGGUGAGGGCUCUGAGGAGAACGGCUCAGACAGUUUCAUGAACUCCAUGGACCCUCAGCUGGAGAGGCAGGUGGAGACCAUCCGCAGCCUGGUUGACUCCUACAUGGGCAUCGUCAACAAGACCGUCCGCGACCUCAUCCCCAAGACUGUCAUGCACCUGAUGAUCAACAACACUAAAGAGUACAUUAAUGCGGAGCUGCUGGCCCAGCUGUACUCAUGCGGGGACCAGAAUAGCCUGAUGGAGGAGUCUCAGGAGCAAGGCCAGCGCCGAGACGAGAUGCUGCGCAUGUACCACGCCCUCCGCGAGGCCCUCAGCAUCAUCGGAGACAUCAGCACCACCACCAUCUCCACGGCGAUGCCCCCGCCCGUGGACAACACCUGGCUGGAGGUGCAGAGAGGAGGAUCUGGUGGCAGGUCUCCUGCUACCAGCCCCCUCCCUCAGAGAAGGGGCGCCCCUCCUGGUCCCCCCUCCCGCCCUGGAUCUCGGGGCUCAGCGCCGGGACCCCCUCCUGGUGGACCCCCGGUCCCUUCACGCCCCGGGGCGUCGCCUGAUCCAGGACCCCCUCAGAUUCCCUCCCGACCCAACCGUGCCCCCCCAGGCGUGCCCAGAAUCACAAUCAGUAGCCAGUGAGGACUAACGCUUCUGGUACUUCAGCGGAAAAUGAGAGACUUGCAACAAACUAUCCAGAAAAUACACCCCCCCCCCCCCCCUCAAAAAAAGAAAAGAAAA